AUGGCGGCCACCUCCUCCUCUUUCUUCGCCCCGCCCCCCGCGGCUCUGCUUCGCCACGGCGCUUCUCCCCGUCCUACCGCCGCGGCCUCCCCCUCCCCCUCCUCCUCCUUCCGCUGCCACGGCCGACUCCAGCGCCCGUCUGUUCGAGUCCCCCGCCGCCGCCCAGCGAUCCCAGCGGCCGCCCGACCCGUGAGGUUUUGCGUCAAUGGUGUCUAUGGGUGGCCGGCGGUACUCAGGGGUUGGACUAAAAGGGGGUCGAGAAAGUGUUUAUGCGCCGCUGGGGCACAUGACGACGCUGUGAAUCAAGUUGGCGAGGAUGCCGACCACGACGACGACGAUGUCCGUGUUUCCAAUGAGGCCCUCCGCGCCACCAUCCGGAAGAGCAGAGAGGUGCUGGCGAUGCACAGAGAUCUACUUGAUCAGAUAUCAGAAAAGAAGAAGCUCAUCUCUGUUAUUGAGGCCAGCUCCAUUCAUAAUGGGCAAGAGCCAUUCAGUGGUAGUCCCUUUUCACGCUCGGAUGCAGUUUCAGAGGGCGAAGAGAUUGGCUAUGAUCUUCAGAUGUACCUUGACAGGCGUUCACAGAAAUCCGAAAUCCGUUCAACUCAUGGAGAAUCUAUUAGUGGCCAGCAUGAAUACUAUGGAAGUUUAGAAGACAAACUUUCCUACACUGAUGUUAAUGGAUCAUAUAGCAAGGAUUAUGAAAAGGGACACUCAGUUACUGAGGAAAUAGAUGACAAUUCAUCUUCUUCGGCCGCUGUAGAUGUUAUGAAUAUCAUAUUGGUAGCUGCAGAAUGUGCUCCUUGGUCGAAAACAGGUGGACUUGGGGAUGUUGCCGGAGCUUUGCCUAAGGCUUUGUCAAAGAGAGGUCAUCUUGUCAUGGCGAUAGUACCAAUGUAUGGGAACUAUGAAGAACCUCGCCAAAUAGGAGAACCAAAGAGGUACCAGGUCGCAGGGCAGGAUAUGGAGGUAAAAUAUUAUCAUGCAUACAUAGAUGGCGUGGAUUUUGUGUUUAUCGACAAUCCUAUCUUCCACAAUGUUGAGAGUGAAAUUUAUGGUGGAGACCGAACAGUCAAUUUUUUUCUGCAGGAUAUCUUGAAACGAAUGAUCUUAUUGUGCAAAGCAGCUGUAGAGGCUCCAUGGUGUGUUCCAUGUGGUGGUUUUUGCUACGGCGAUGGAAAUCUUGUAUUCAUAGCAAAUGACUGGCACACUGCAUUACUGCCUGUUUAUUUGAAGGCUUAUUAUCGUGACAAUGGUUUCAUGAUAUAUGCCCGCUCUGUCCUUGUGAUACACAAUAUAGCACAUCAGGGCCGUGGCCCCUUGGACGAUUUCAGUUACCUGGAUUUGCCCAGUAACUACUUGGACCUUUUCAAACAUCACGACCCAUUUGGAGGUGAUCAUCUAAACAUAUUUGCUGCUGGAAUUAAAGCUGCGGACCGUUUACUUACUGUUAGCCAUGGUUAUGCAUGGGAGCUCAAAACGCCUGAAGGUGGUUGGGGCCUUCAUGGGAUCAUUAAUGAAAGUGAUUGGAAAUUCCAAGGCAUUGUAAAUGGUAUCGAUACCACUGAUUGGAAUCCUAGGUGUGAUGUCCACCUGAAAUCAGAUGGAUACAGCAACUAUUCUCUGGUAACUGUUGAAACAGGUAAAGCACAGUGUAAAGCGGCAUUGCAGAAAGAGCUUGGUCUCCCGGUUCGUGGGGAUGUUCCUGUGAUUGCUUUCAUCGGACGGCUAGACAAUCAAAAAGGCGUAGACCUGAUAGCAGAAGCAAUGCCAUGGAUAGCUGGUCAAGAUGUACAGGUAAUACUGCUGGGUACCGGGAGGCAAGACCUUGAAGACACACUGAGGAGGCUUGAAAGCCAGCACUACGACCGUGUUAGGGGUUGGGUUGGUUUCUCUGUCAGGUUGGCUCAUCGUAUGACCGCAGGAACUGAUAUACUGUUGAUGCCGUCAAGGUUCGAGCCUUGCGGGUUGAACCAGCUCUAUGCAAUGAUGUAUGGGACCGUGCCGGUGGUGCAUGCGGUGGGUGGCCUUCGAGACACCGUCCAGCACUACAAUCCAUAUGAGGAGGCUGGGCUUGGUUGGACUUUUGAAAAUGCGGAAGCAAACAGGAUGAUCGAUGCGCUGGGGCACUGCCUGAACACGUACAGGAACUACAAGUCUAGCUGGGAGGGACUCCGGAGGAGAGGGAUGAUGCAGGACCUAAGCUGGGACACUGCUGCUAAACGCUAUGAGGAGGUUCUUGUUGCUGCCAAGUAUCAGUGGUGA